CCCAAAUUAAAACGAGUUGUGAUAUUUGCAUCUAGGGCUCCAAAUCAGCUCCCAACAUUUUCCCCCUUUUCUCUUCCUCACCAAUUCAUCCAUUAGAAAGCCAAUAUAUAUUCCCAAUUCGUGAAUCAUUGGUUCCAAUCGGCAGAUGAUCUAACGGUGGUGGAUGAUCAGCAAUGGGGGAGAUAAAGUCAUCCGGGAGGCCAAUCGAUCAGUUGUUCGAGAAGGUCCUUUCGAUAAAUAUAGUUUCGUCUGAUUACUAUCGGGACCUCUUGAGAUUGAACACGUACAAUGAAGUGAUCGACGAGAUUUACGUAACUGUCACGCACGUCGAGCCGUGGAUGACAGGCAACUGCCGGGGCCCGUCGACUGCGUACUGCCUUCUCUACAAAUUCUUCACUAUGAAACUCACUGUCAAACAGAUGCACGGCCUCUUGCAGCACCCCGAUUCUCCCUACAUAAGAGCUAUUGGUUUUCUUUACUUAAGGUAUGUUGCAGAUCCAAAGACAUUGUGGAGUUGGUAUGAGCCAUACAUAAAAGAUGACGAGGAAUUUUCUCCUGGUUCAAAUGGCCGAACGACUUCAAUGGGUGCGUACUUGCGCGAUUUGCUUCUUGGACAGUAUUACUUCGACACACUAUUCCCCCGCAUCCCCGUACUAGUUAUACGAAGCAUCGUAGCCAAUCUCGAAAAUCUAAAGUUACCGACGAAACACUGCGGAGUUACUGGUGAGACCACGCGUGGGGCCGACGACACUGUGAGGAGGCCCCCUUCUGUGAAGGCCUCACUUUCCGUCUCUUUUGGUCAACGCGCUCCACAUCGUGCAUCGACUAGGGGCUCAUCUCCAGUUCGUCGUGAUUUGCCUGAUCGAGAAUCGGCCAGAGAUAGAGAUAGAGAAAGAGAUAGAGAUAGAGAAAGAGAUAGAGAAAGAGACAGAGAUAGAGAUAUAGAGAGAGAUAGAGAUAGAUAUAGAGAGAGAAGGUCUCGAGAUAGCUAUAGAAGGGAUUACGAUAGGAGCGAGCGUAGAGAAGGUGGGUCCCGCAGGAGUAGGAGCAGGAGCAGGAGCAGAAGUGGAAGCAUUUACGAACGAAGUGGGCAUGACGAAAAUCGUGGUGGUGGUUCUUCUAAUAAUAAUGCAUCAACGUCAAGUAAUCUUGCGAAGCUUUAAGGAUUUAUAUGGGGAUUCGAGCAAAUGGUGAGAAGAAGGAUAGGGGCGAUGAAAAGGUUCAUAGCAGGCCAGGUGGCACUGAGGAGGUGAUUAGGCUUGGCGGAUCUACGUGGAGGUAGGAGGCUUCGAUUUAAGGGGUCGUUUGGUUUGGUGAUUUCUUUAUAUUUCAAACUUUCGAGAAAAAAGAAAAUGACUUGUUGGGUUUUGUGUUUAUGUAUGUACAAUAUGUUGAAAAUGAUUCGCCUAUAUUUUAUUAUAGACACUUUGUUUCAGUUGAUUGAUAA